ACAGCCUUUUAUCAGUUACAGUGAAAUGAAACUUCAGCUUACAAUCAGUUUGGUUAUCUUGGCAGUUUGCUGCUCCGCAAAUGCCUACGAUGGCGAUGGUCAGCCAGGUUGCAAAACGCAGGAAGAGCUUGAUAUUGGUAUCUUCCGUGAUACUUGGGAUGCCACGUCCUACUGGAAGUGUAGCGAGCUCAACGAGCCUGCAGCCAAGUUUCGUUGCCCCAGUGAGAUGGCCUUUAUGGAUAGCGUUAAAGAUUGCGUGAUCUGGGAUGACUGGCAGUGGGAGAAACCGGUGGCACCACCAAGUGAGGUUGAUGCAUAAACGAGAGGAAACACUUUCUUCUUCUUCGACGACGAUACGAGGAGUAUUACAUAGUUGAAACGUGACAUUUAAUUAUUGUCGUUUUGAAUUGAAUAUAUGUAAAAAAAACA